AUGACGCCCUUCGGAGCGCCCGUGGUGCCGCUGGAGCACAUGACGACCGCGGGGCCGUCCAGGUCGGCGGAGGCGUCGGCCAGGAAGUCCGCCCCGCCGGCGGGCGCCGGUCGCAGGAAGGCCUCCCACUCGCCGGUGCCCCGCGCCACGGGCACCACGUCCGCCCCCGGGGCCAGCGCCGCCCGCACGCGCCCUUCCGCCCGCGGCGCGCACAGCACCACGCGCGGCGCCAGGAUGGCCAGCAGAAGGACAAUUAAACCUGCAGAGCAGCUUCAUUCUGGUGAUCUACUGUCCGAAUCUGUGAAUCGUACAUGUCUUGAAAUUGCGCCGGCGCGGUGGUGUCGCAGAGCGCCACUCACCAUGGGCAUGAUGCGCGGCACGGAGGCACGCGAGCUCUUCUCCGCCUGGUAG